GGUAGAACAGCGAAGUAACAUGAUUCGGACUGGGGCUAGUAUUGUUUGUCAACAAAAAUGGCUUCAAAAAUGACGAAGGGUUUUAUUGCAAUUACUGUCAUUAUUAUAGGUUUAUUGGUUGUAAAUUUCAGGUAAUCUAUAGUUUUGCUCAUAAUUGAUAUUCCUGGCCAUUUUGCUAGCAGAUUCACUUACAGAUUUUACUUUAAUUUUCGUGUCUGUAGUAUAAAUGUAGAUCUGUCAAAAGUUGUUCAUUUUGCACUGGAAACUGGCAUCAAUCAAAAACACAGUGGAAAUCAAACAAAAGGUUUUGUUAUUUGUUUUGUUCUAGUUUUUGAUUCGUGUGUCCCUUUGUGUUUAAAGUGAUCUGUCCAUAUAUUAUCUCUUUGAAUGCAAUGUGCCCCAAUGGCCAAUGCUCUUCAGGAAUCAGGAUUGUUUAUAAAAGGCCCCAAGGACUAAUCGUGUAUACGCAGUCUUGGCAUAUGUAUUCGAGUAAAUGUGGGUAAAGAUGUCACAUCUCAAAUUUCGCCACAAUUGAUGAAUGAAUGACAGAUUGUAUAUGACUAGUCAUAUUGUGUAGAUGGGCCUAGUGCCAGACAACGUUACUCAGCAAGAGAAGUGUUUCAGACCCUCAGGGUUUUCAGACCCUCAUUUUAGACCCUCAGGGUCUCAGACCCUAGACCCUCAGGGUUUGGACCCUUAGGGUCUCAUACCCUCAGGGUAUCAGACCCUCAUGGUUUCAGACCCUCAGGGUCUCAGACCCUCAUUUUAGACCCUCAGGGUCUCAGACCCUAGACCCUCAGGGUUUGAACCCUUAGGGUCUCAUACCCUCAGGGUUUUCAGACCCUAAUUUUAGACCCUCAGGGUCUCAGACCCUAGACCCUCAGGGUUUGGACCCUUAGGGUCUCAUACCCUCAGGGUUUUCAGACCCUCAUUUUAGACCCUCAGACCCUAGACCCUCAGGGUUUGGACCCUUAGGGUCUCAUACCCUCAGGGUAUCAGACCCUCAUGGUUUCAGACCUUCAGGGUCUCAGUCCCUAGACCCUCAGGGUAUCAGACCCCAGGGUUUCAGACCCUCAGGGUCUCAGACCCUCAUUUUAGACCCUCAGGGUCUCAGACCCUAGACCCUCAGGGUUUCAGACCCUCAGGGUUUCAGACCCUCAGGGUAUCAGACCCUCAGGAUUUCAGACCCUCAGGGUUUCAUAUUCUUUGUCAACACAAUCAAGUUGUACAGCACACGCACCCAUUAAAUUGCCUUCACCAAAUUAUUAAAUUGUGUUCAACAAUUAUUUCAGACGAAAACUGUGGUAAAGUGAGUCAGAUAGAAGAAUGUAAAGAUUGCUUAAAACAUCAAUUAGUAAGUCGUUAGAGUGUGGGAAAACAUUUCAACUUUUAAAAAGAUAAAUUCAACAAAAAAUCACUAAAUUAAAAAAAUGUUUACUUUCAUUUCUAGGCCAACUUAGUAAAUUAUCCCGAAUGCAAAGAGACAGGCAAAAGACAGAAAAACAUAUGUUCUAAAUCUAAGACAGAAUUUUACACGAGGUACAAAUACUGUCUUAUUUACAUCCAUGUACCAUAUGCGUUUAGCUACCAAGCCAUUUGCAUUGUAAAAAUGUAUACCAGCUACCUAACAGUAUGAAAAAUAAAGCAAAAUUACUGUAAUCUGAAUAUGUAAUAGCAACAUGGAAAACGCAACAUAUGGAGUAAAAAAGAUAAUGUGAAAAUGCGAGCUGUGAUAUUUUGAUUUGAUGGUAUCCCUUUUAAUAAGUGGCAUUGUAAACCUAAUGUGCCAUACUUUGUCAUUUUACUCUGUCUAAUGCCAGAUUAUUUUAUUCAUCAAAGGAAGAGUGCAAGCACUCUAUUGGUCAUAAACUUAUUUGGAUUUACAAUUUUAUUCACCAAGAGAAACUGUGUUGGACAUUGAUCUAUUUGAAUUUCCCCAGUUUAUUAUUUUACGAUUUUUACCCCCAAGACUCAAGGAGAGUGUUUAAUGGUUUAUUUUUUCCUUUCAAAGUUGUCGCACAAACGAAGAGAGAAAGUUUUGGAUAUUUCAGGUACUAUGGAUAACAAUAUGACAAUGUCUAUAUGAUUUAAUAUCCUUUAUCCGCUUACGAAAGAUUCAAUCCUUAAAGCUAAAGCUUGAAUCAUCUUCUGGUCAGAUGGAUACGAACUUACACCAGAUAAAUAAAAAUUACAUAUCGAAUAUCACACUUGCAUGAAAAGUCACCCGAAAUUAUGUUUCUUUUCAGAUCACCGCUUUAGUUUUGGGUAUCUUAUCAAGUGGAAUUGUUUGGUGCAGAUCAAAACAUCUCGAUGAACACGUUCUCGGAAAGAUUAGGCAACAAAUUAAUGGUGACUCAUAGCAGACGUGGUCAUCGUUUUUAACCAUGCUAGGGAGAAUUUAAAAUACUGCUAAAACAGAAUUUAUUCUGUUCGGCAAGUUUUAUGAAACACGCUAUCGGCCAAAACAUCUCAAAUGAAUUAAAACAAUACAAUUAAUAUUUACAAUCAAAUGACAAAUGUGUAAAUACUGUAUAUACUGUAGAACGUAU